AUGGUCGUUGCCAGCAGCCAAUCAAUCGCCGGGAACCCGUUGGUUACGAGAAUCCCUGUCUCCGGUGGUGAAUCUCUGCGCCUUUGCCUAGCAAGCGACCAGCUGAAGUCGAGGAAAUCAUGGGAUCUUUCGAUGGACUGGGCUUGGUGUGAUCAACGGGCGGAUUUUACACUAAUGGGAAAGUUUUGCAGAGACCCAGAUCUGCGAGGGCUCUUGAGCUUUAUUUUCGGAAGAUUAUUGACGCUCGCAGGGAAGGCUCUGGGUGGCCCGAGUUGUCGUGAGGAUCUAGCUCACAGUUUUCUGCCUGCGCCAUCACUGCUUUGUGGAUUCGGGUUUUGGUUUAAGAAAACCCCAAAGUCGGAGCAAGAUGGGAAUGAGGUCCGCGUCAUCGGCGGUAAGGUCAGCUACGUAGUGGAAGAUGAAUGGAUGCACGACGGCGCAGAUUCAGUGAGGAAUGCCUCAAUAGGUGAGGCAGAUGCUACAAUUAUGGACACACAUGAUAGCUUUGGAGCUGAUUCAAGCUUUCUCCUAAAUCGCCGUCACUAGCGUCCUUUCUUUACCUCUCCAAUCUAUACAUUUGCAUUCAUUUACUCUUCCGGCGGGUCUUCCUACAUUUGUUUGGAAUUCUUACCGAGUUGGUUGUGGGUUGGGGUUUAUGACUUCACAAGUUCUAGGUCUAGCCAAUGAGGAAGAUAUCUUUUUAAAACCGAGCAAUCAAGUUAGAUGUUCAGUGAAAUCUCCACAGUAGUUCUCCCUGUCUGUUAAUUGUUUCUGUUGAUCAUUGUUGGUUCUCUUGACAGUUGCAUGGAGAACCUCCAGUCACGAGUUCCUUGAAAUUUCACUGUGGUCUCGAUGCAAUUAGUCUCUACUGUUGUGUUUAAAGCGUUUCAGUUUCCCUUCCAUGUUGAUGAUGUCCAUUCAUUUCCUCUGUUAAGUCUCGCUGCAUAACCAUGCAACUAUGACGAAGUCAGUGCGAGCAUUAAACAUUCUACAUUCUUGGUAUUCAAGAUGAUAGAUUUAUAAUAAAGUGGUGGCAGGGUGAUGUGUUGAUUUUUAUCUUCCCAGGAAAGGGACACAGCUUUUUGGCUGUGAUGAUUUUCUUGGCCUGUAAAUCAUAUAAUAAACUUCCUUUGUGCAUUCAUUAUUUUAUUCCUCCUUUGUUUCUUUCGUUUUAUUUGUUUUUGGCGGAAUCCACUGAGUUAAUGGUUGUAUUUGUUGUUGCCUUUUGCAGAUAAUCAUCUUAUUGAUUUUGUGGCUCGGUGACCUUCCCGGGAACCAAUAUAUCUCGACCUUUCCAAACUCCAUUGUUCAGAUUUCGGAAUGUUAUGAAGCACUCUAUUUGAGAGUAUCCAGCAACCUAGGGUAUUUGAUUGGACUUCAGUUAGAUCAAGUGGUGGAUUUUGGUAGAUUUAGUGUGCUUAGAGGAGAGGUUUAUUGCAACCAUUGCUUGCGAUUGCAGCUUCAGAUUUUACCGUUUCCCCCACCCCCAUUUCAUUAAAUAUCAAGAAAAGGGCACUAUUGCUGAAAAAGCUGCAAACUUUCUCUGCAAUGCAAGCUCAUUCAUGGAUAUAUUUGAUGUGGAUCACUUUAUUAAUGUCUUGAAAGAUGACGUUUCUAUAGUUAAAGAAUUGCCUGAUGAUUACUUCUUGAGCACGCGGGAGUAUUAUGCUGCAGCCAUUCGAGCCACUAUAAUUAAGGCUGCACCUGUCCAUGAUUCGGCCAAUUGGCAUCUUGACAAUGUUUUGCCGGUGCUUCAAAGACGAGUAUCCACUGGGAAGGACUACCUACAAUCAAUGCUGCCUUUGGAUGGAUCAAACAAUUAGUACAUGAGAGUCUGUUUGAUCUUAUUUGAGCGGGAGGCUAUCAGAAAGACCUAUACAAGCUCUUUAUUCCUAUUUCAUAGUCCUCUGAAAUUGAAGAGGUGAGGCGUCGACAUGGAAACUCAUCACUACCAGAACUAGAACAGUGCGUCGAUCCACUAGCCUAGCCUGUACGUGAUGAUUGCGCUUUUGUCAAUUGUGGUGUGCUUUUCUUAGCCACCUGCCAAUGCCAUGUAAAGCUCACAGCGAUUAUUGUUCUAAGACAUUUUUUUUGGUCAUUUGAUUAUUGUUAUCAACACAUCGGCUCUC